UGUGGAGUCGGCAGAUUUGACUGGAAACGGGAGGAAUCAAGCAGUAGGAUUCCUUGAAGUUAUCUUUACCUUCCGUGACAUCACAGAUCUGUCAACACCUCUGCUUCUGUCGUGUGUCUUCUCCUCAGAGAGAUGUGGUGGCUGCUGUGGGUCCUCGCCAUCUUGCUGGCUCUCUUCUGCUUUCUGGAUGUGUGGUACUUCCUGCGGGCGCCCGUGGUCGUCCUGCGGGCCUGGUUUCAGCCCCCGAUCCGGGACAUCACGGCGGAGCAGGUCAUCACAGGCCGGGUGACGUCGCGCGACAUCGACAUGUGCCACAUGAACAAUGCUCGUUACCUGCGUGAGUGCGACUUCGCCCGCUUCUCCCUCUACACGCGCAACGGUGUGUUCAAAGCGACGCGGGCCCUCAGAGCCACGAUGGUCGUUGGGGCCACCACCAUUCGUUACCGCAGGCCUCUGUAUAUAGGAGAGAGUUAUGAGCUGCGGAGUCGGAUCGUCACCUGGGAUGACAAAGCCUUUUACCUGGAGCAGAGAUUUGUGUCGGCUAAAGACGGGCUGGUGUGUGCUGUCAUGUACUGCAAGCAGAGCGUCAUACGCAGCAGCCCGGACAAGAUCAUGCAGCACCUGUGUAAAAGGAAGGUGGAGUGCCCUGAGUUUCCAGAGGACCUUCAACACUGGGUCAGCUUCAUCUCCGCCAGCAGCCAGGCCCUCAGAGCCGAGAGUGGUCUAGAGGAGAAGAGCAAAUGAGACGUUGCAUGGGUAGCUACUAAGGCUGGUUUACUAAAAGUCGGUUCACAAACCCACGAGGGAAAGCCUUCCAAGAGAGACCUUGAGCUUCUCUCUACCAUUACUUGACUUAAACACAACUGUGCCUACACUUUGUAAAGCUUUACUUUGACCCAUUUGCACAUGUUAAACACUGGAAUAACAGCACAUUGUUUUGAGGGGUUGAAAACACACAACAUUUGUUUGAAGAAAAUGAAUAUGAUUGUAUGAAUUGCACCAUCUCGUUCUAUAGCAAUAAUAAAACUGACUCAGGGGUUUAAUUUGGAGAUUUCACUGCAGCCAACUGUGAAAUUAUGGUACAUCAGAGGUCACACAUCAGAAAAUAAAACGGGGAAGACUUGGAUAUCCCCCAUCACCAAAAGUAAUAUAUGUACUUAGUAAUUAAAAUUAAAAUGCCUGAGAGUACAACAUUUGGACAAUUUAUAUGAGAUGAUGAAUCCUGCUUACAUGUGCAAGCUCAGAUUUUUAGGACAAAGGUCUAAAACCACACUGGAGAUGCUAGGAGAGCUUAGGUUUAGGAGCUCAAUUUUGCUCUGUUUUUUUUAUUUUGCAUUUCUCUGUGUGAAGCCUCAUUGCGUAAUUAGAUGGACCUCAUUCCCAUCAUGCCUCACUGGCCAGAGAUGUUUCGUCGUCUCUGAUUCUGGGUGCUAUCGUCAUGAAUGUUUGAUCUGUUUGGGUGGAAAAACAGCGAACGGUGAGAGAUUCGGCUCAUUUUCAAGUUUUCUCUGCUAAAUCUCAAACAUAAAACAACUGCAAAUGCAAUAAAAUCAUUUUUACAUGUGUCAAAAUGUUGGUACGUCCGUCAUUAUUAAAGUCUAAUGUUAAUACCGGUUUCAAUUGUCAGUUUUUAUAAUUACUGACAUUAUCAAAAAAAAUCUAAAAGGAGGUCUGAUCAACAGGAUUAAUAACCACAGGGGUGAUCAUUUCCUCAUUCUCAUAGUGAUUCAGCAUCGGCCUCAGUCGUCUGGUUCUCUCCUUCUCACACAUUUGAACUUGUUUGUAAGAUGUUACCAGUGGGAACCAGCCCUCUCUCAGUAAACAUUUUAUUCCUUCAGUGAUGAGCUGACACUGGUUCAUAUUCAGCAGCCCACGCUCAUCUUCAAGUUGUAGACAUGUCUGUAAUAAAGUGAAUUUACAAAGUU